UAUUUAUUGUAUCAUUUAUAUGACAAAAUACAUUUAUACUAUAAAAUUAUAAUUUACAACAUUAAGAUUAAAUAACGUGAUUAAUUGACAUUGCUGAAGGAUAAAUACUGAACAUUUUUUAGGUUGACGCUGUCAUUUGACUGGAGGAAAAUGUUGAGCUCAAAAUCUUCCAUAAUUCUACUGAUGGUGCUAUGUUUCCUGUCAGUUAUGUUAAUAGAGGGUGGAAGAAAACAAUGCAAGCAGCAAAAUGGAGGAGCAUACGGUGGUUUCAAGCACUACAACCGCACCUUGUUCUAUGUAGCACAGGGGACUAAGGCGGUAAUGGAUCCAAAGUUGCCAAUGACAGAAUGGUGGCAUAAGGUCCAAGGCUGGGCAGGGCGAACAACUAAGAAUGAAAUUAUUGGCGAAGGUAGUCUCCGAGCACUCCAUUUUUUUCAUGAAAGAUAUGGCAUUGACCUAAGAUCCCUCGUGACAACUGAUGAACUGUACUAUGGUAAUGUGACACGCAUCAUUAAUGUAACAUCAACGGAAUCUUAUAGAUUUAGGACCCUCGUACUAAAAUGGCUUCCUGGGCAGGAUUGUAGGCUGAUAACUGAGACAAUUGGAGAGAAAGUGAACUUCUUUGAAAACCCUGCAAUAGUUAAUGACUUUUUGUAUGAGCUAGCUCCUCAAGACGAAGGGAUUUAUGGAGGGACGUACUCCGGCAAAAAAACACGAACCAUUUUUUAGUUUUUGGGCAGUUUUGGAUAGACUUCAAGAAAUAUUGUGGACUCUCAAAACGAGCGGAAAGCAUAUUCUAUCAGUCUGAUAUACCGAUGGAUCCACCAAUAAACAUGUGUACAAUGUACAGUCCUAUAUGGGGACGCGGCCAGACAGAAGGUGCAAUAUGGAUAGACGGUGAAAGAUCUGUAUUCCAAGGCUUCGUUACAUUCCCACCACCAUGAUCAAUAAAUAAAAUAAACAAAAAAUUAUGAAUAUUUGUUGAAAUAAA